GAUCCUUUGGUUUUUCCCUAAGACGCAAAAAGAAAGUUAUUACACAAAAUUAAUAUCAAAAAAAAUAGUGAAAGUAAAUGAAUACACUUAAAGUGAAUUAUUUCAUUUUUUAGUUUCAGAAUGAUUUGACGAAAACAUUUAAAAAGCAUGAUGCUUGAAGAUGAAUGGAAAGGUCAGACAUUGCACCAGUUUGCAAUGUUUGAUCGACAUGAUGCCAUGUCCGAUAUUCUCCUUGGAGAGGAACGCAUGAAUAUCAAUGCCCCGGACCGUCUUGGCAGAACGCCAGUAUUUACAGCUGUGUCGAACAACAGCAUCAAAUGUCUGGAGGUUCUUCUACAACAUGGAGCUGAUUCAAGUGUUGCCACCAAUGAACAGCUUAACAAAAUGACUCCCCUGCACCAGGCAGUACAGGAUGGCAAGAUGGACGCUGUUAAGCUUCUUCUCACAUACGGAGCUGACCUUAGUCGACCUGAUAUGACGGGGUUGUCGCCCAAUGAACUUGUUAAGAGCAUUGGACAGCGAGACUUGAUAGAUGUUUUUAAGGCAGAAGAUGAGAGAAGGAAACAGAAUGCUUGGAACGUGAUAGCUGACCUAAUCACUGCCUGUGUGACGGAGGACAUUGAAGAGGUUCGAGAUAUCCUUCGAGUGCCCCCGCCCGCCGGCUGGGAUCUUGCUAACAUGAGCCCUGACGGGGAUGACAGAACUGCACUUAUCGUGACUGCGGAGAAGGGUAACGUAACAAUAAUGGACGAACUGUUGGGUUCUGUAGCGGAGUUACGACAGCGUCCCUCAGUUAUACAUACGGCAGUAUUAAACGGACACGCGGGUAUCGUCAGAAGUAUUAUCAAGCGUCACCCAGAGUGUUGUCGAUUAGCAGACGACAAUAAUGACACACCACUCCACAUUGCCUGCCAGACUGGUUCACUAGAAAUAGUAAAGCUUUUACUGGCCUGGGACUACCCACCAGCCUUGUACCAGUCUGUGCUUGAUUCGACCAAUCAAAUUGAGUACAGUCUGGUUGUGCCAGUGAGUAGUAUUAACUCGAGCGACAAAACACCCUUGUUUCUAGCUUGUGAAAACGGUCAUGAAGAAGUGGUUGAUUUUUUGUUGAGUUAUACUGUAAAAGGUAGAAAAUUUGAAGGCAAUGAAAAUUUGAGUGAAAAUUCCUCACAAGACAGUCAUGAGUCUGAAAUCAUUGACUUCCAUCCAAUCAGUGUUAAGUCUGAGCAUGUAGUGCCAGUUAGUAAUAUAGGAAUGGAAAGUAACGAAUCAGUGAUGUACAAGUCUGUGAACCCUGGCGAUCAUAAGUUGUCAUGCAUUUACAUAGCAGUAAAAAACCGUCACUUACAUAUAGUUGACAAACUAGUAAGAGCUGGGGCCAGUCUAGAAUUGCAUGGCAUAGAACAUGAUGUGAAAUAUAACGUUUUGUUAAAACUGGCAUUGAAAAACAAUGAUCUACUUAUGAUCAAUAAGUUGUUAGAAAAUGAUGCCAAGGAUGAAAAUAACUUUGUUCUGAAAGAAGCUGUGAAAUCCAAGCCUAAUUUCGUUGGCCAUUUUUUAAAGUACAAAGCAAGUAAUGAUGCACAGAAUAACAUUAACAAAGCUCAUAUGAAGAAAACUUUCCACGAGUCAUGUGCUAAAAUGGAAGAUUCGGAUAAGCAGGUUUCAGAUGAUCAAAAAUACCAACAAGUGUUUCCAAAAGAGUCAGUGAAUAUUCGUUGGCAAAAUCUUGGAGUUUUGACCACAAUAGAAGAGGAGUGGCUAAGCACAACUGUAAACUUCCGGAAUCCUGCACUUUCAAACAUGAAUCUACGUCGACAGUUUGGCCUGUACGCAAUAACGAGAGUUGAUGUGUCCCAUAACAACCUAACAGUUGUUCCAAUUCCACUCCUCCAAUUGCCGUCACUCACUUCGCUAACGGUUUCUGACAACAUGAUAGCAGAAUUUCCGUCUCCGAGAAAUUUUGACGUCAAUUGUAAUUGGUUAGAGGAAAUAAACAUCCAAAAUAACAGGAUUUCAACAAUUCCAGAAUACAUUUUCCAACUUCCUAAGUUAAGAGUGAUCAAUGCAAGUAACAAUGACAUAAACACUGUUCCAGUAAGUAUUUGGGACACGCCACAGCUGAAAAGCAUUGAUCUAAGUGAUAACAAACUGAAGACCCUUCCUAGGCCAAUUCUUUCAUUUAGGACAGACUCUGAAUCUACAUGCGGUGAUGGAGAAGACCCAGACAUUCAUUCCAGCACUGAUACACAGCCCGGCCAAUCAGGCACUGAAAGUCAUGUGAUCAAACACAGUUUGAAAAGAGCCAAUCACUGGACAGGAGGCCUUACUGUCAAUGAUGAGGAACUUAAAACCUCUCAGAUGAAAGGGCUGAUAACUCUGAAGCUUAACAAGAACCAACUUGAUAGGUUUCCAGAAUUCUUGUCCUGUUGCUGCAAUAGAUUGGAAAAUUUGGAGAUGAAAAGAAACAGGCUAAAAAGCUUGGGUAACAUUGCGGCUUACCCAAAGUCUCUGAAAGUGUUGGACCUUAGUUACAACAUGAUAGAAACAAUGGAAGAUUGGAAAGAUGAGGAUAAAACAAGGACAUGCUACUUUAAAGAAGCCAGGGGUGUUGAUGUGUCAAGAUCGGGUAACUUCAUUGGGCUCCAGCCUAGUGGAGCGUGUUGCGCCCACCGAGCCCACACCAGGCUUGAUUACCUUGAGAUGCUGGACUUCUCACACAAUAAACUAGAGGGCCUUGUGGUCCUGAGGUCCAACCUGACAUUCGAACAAUCAAAGAACUUUGCAGACAAGGAAACCCAGGAGCAGGAAAUACAGCGCCAGGUUCUGCUGCCAUCGCUGUUUUCCCUUAACCUGAAUGCCAAUCGUCUGAUGGCACUUCCAUCUGACAUCAAGGAGAUGAGAGCACUGAGAUCUCUGUACCUGAAUCAAAACACCAAACUCAACAUGCUUCCUCCUGAUUUAGGCCUCUUGGAUGGACUGCACCACAUUGAGGUUCAGGGCUGCCCCUUGGAAGGCCCCAUUCAGGAUGUUAUCAGAGGGGCACACAACAGGGCAGCUGAUAUUACAGGGUUUCUCAGAUCUAUUCUUGAAGAGGCUGAGGAAUACAAUUGUAUGAAUAUGAUGCUGGUUGGUUCAUUCAAAAUUGGCAAGACUUCUCUGCUCAAACACCUGAUGAAGAAAGGCAGAACAAUGGCGUCCUUGCAACACUUCACCCAGCGUGAGGACAGCACACAGACGGGAGUGACGAAAGAUGGAGAUCCAUUAUCAACUGUUGGUAUAGAUAUCUGUCAACUCAUCUUUGAUGGAAAGCAGGGUGCGGUCGAGUUCAGGACCUGGGAUUUCGCUGGUCAGAAAGAGUAUUAUGCAACACACCAGUAUUUCCUCAGUCAGCGAUCUCUAUAUCUCGUGUUGUGGAACCUUACAGAGGGGGAGAAGGGUAUCAAGGAGCUGAAACAGUGGCUCGUAAACAUACAGGCUCAGGCCAGAAAUUCUGCAGUGAUAAUUGUGGGAACGCACCUUGACGAGAUCACGAAGAGUAAACACUUCCCAAGCUCAAUGGAGGCGGACAUGGUAAAAAAGAUUCAGGAGAAAUAUUGUCGCCAAGACAACGAGUACAGUGGUUUGCCAAAUGUCAUCAAGAUUGUGAAUGUGGCAUCAGGAAAGAAGACUUUGAAUAUCGAUAAACUGAAAAGUACCAUCUAUGAUGUUGUGUUCAGACUCAACCAUCCAGCUCGUAAGAAUGAGAAGCUGUUGGGUCACAAAGUGCCGAAGAAAUACCUGAAACUACAGCACUGUAUCGAACAUAUUGCUGUGAGGAGGAUGAGCGAGGGAAAGGAUCCUGUCCUAGAUGAAGAUUCCUACAUCAUGAUGGUUAUGAAUGAGAUGUCAGUGGUGGAUGAUGGAAUCAACUUCCGGAACAAAAACGACAUUCACCAGGCUUCGCGUUUCCUACAUGAGAAUGGGGUAAUCUGCCAUUUUGAUGACACUGCCCUGCGAGACCAGUACUUCUUAAAGCCCCAGUGGCUCUGUGACCAGCUUGCAAGAGUCGUGUGUAACAAACUAACUGGCAUCGAAAAUAAGGGGGUUAUGCAGAAAAAGCAGCUGGUUACGAUUUACCGACACUCGGACCGAAUCGGUCAGUACAUUAUCAGCCUCCUGAACAAGUUUGAAGUCGCUCUGGCCAUCGAUGAUCAGAACGUUCUCCUUCCAACUCUUCUGCCGACACAUUUUGAAAUUGUUGACCCAAAAAUUCUUGCUACGGUACCAAUUCGAAGAAAGGGAUCACCUCCUAAUGUGUCAGUGAACAGCGUCAACUCGUACCCGCUGCCAUUUCAAAACCAGUCUACAAAUCAAGGUGAAAUGUCUGUUGCAAACACUAAACCAGACAACAAUGUAGUAUUCUCCAACACCCGUCUGUACCUGCUGACAUACUUCCCAAGUGGAUUUUGGCCUCGUCUGAUCACCAAAGUCUUAUCAGACGAGUCUUUCUAUGAUCAUGUUGUGAAUAUGUUCAGUAUUCCCCAGGAAAUUAAGGACCGGUGCCCCCAGCUACAAAAUACUGUACCCUCCUGGCGUUGCUGGCAGACUGGUUUUGAGCUGGUGUACUUUGAUAAUGUGAUCAUGCAGGUCAAAGAGGUGCAGUCGUGUACCGACUAUGGUCGUGGGAUGUGUGAUUAUGCCAACGAUGGGCUGUGUAUGAAAUGCUUCUUCGAUAACAGUUGGAAUCCCCUGGAUGUUGAGGAUAGCGUCUUGUUGGAAAUAUCAUUCCGGGCUGAUAAGUUGACCUUCAACUUCAGUUUUAAUGAAAGCACAGCAUCAGGAAAUUCGAAUUUCCAGGCGAUUGAACAGAGAGAUUUUUAUCAUGAUGAAAAAGCUAAGACCGGAGUUUUAGCAAAGGUUGUAGAACAUAUUGACAAUUUAUUGCAGGAUUGGUUUCCGGAAAUCGGAGAGUCUCGUUUUAGCCAAACUUGCUUGGGUCGAUAUUUGGUAACAAGGGUAAUUCCCUGUCCUUCUUGUUUACAACAGGAAGUGAAGCACCAAUCUUCAGACAAAGGAGCUUGGGACGUUAUUACCCAAUCAGCUACCAGCUCACAACCCUUUAGCAUUUCUAACUUAAAUCUGGAAAUCAGUGUUGAAAAUGGCCAAGUUACUGACCAAAAAAGAGUAAUGUGCACAUUUCUUGUUGAGCGUUGUAUCAAGAACGUGUUAGAAGGGAUGGAUGAAAUCUGUGAUGUUCACAAAUCAGUGUCACCAUUGCUGAUGCCAAAUGAAGAUGGAGUGAUCCGAGAAAUACACAUUGCGCCAGACGCUGUAUUCCAUGAUCUUGAUGUCUCCUUAUUGAUCGAAGAUGAUGCAUUGACCGUAACUGACCAGCUUGGCCGAGGAGCGUUCGGCACUGUGUAUGCAGGAAAACUCAGAAGGAGAGACCAUAGUAUUGAUGUAGCCAUAAAAGUUCUGUAUGAUCCAGCCAAGGUCGAUAAAAUGAAGAACCAGCAGAUGCCGCAGAUCAGCCUAGAAACUGUGUGCUCCGCAUACACGAAUGCCCGACAGGAAGUCAGUAUCCUAGAUACAGUAGAACACCCGCACAUUGUGCCCUUACUCGGGCUGUCUCGUCGCCCCCUUGCCCUGAUUCUGUCCCGGGCCCCUCUGGGAUCCCUUAACCAGAUUUUGGAGGUCCGACAGAGAGAUGGGCUAUGUCUGCCAAUCUGGGUCAUAAAGCAGGUUGUCAUACAGGUUGUGAGUGCUCUAGAAUACCUCCACCAUCGGAAUAUCAUCUACCGAGACCUCAAGUCUGACAACGUCCUUGCCUGGCACUUACCCGAGCCAACCAACCUGAGCCCUACAGCACCAGUGCUUGUAAAAUUAGCGGAUUAUGGGAUCAGCAAAUCAGUGUUUCCAGGAGGGGAGGCAAGGGGGUUUGGAGGGACCCCACCCUUCAUUGCGCCCGAGAUUAUUGUGCACACUGGGAGAGAUACAUACACAGAGAAGGUGGACAUAUUCUCGUUUGGAAUGUUCCUGUUUGAACUACUGACGUGUCGCCAUCCCCUGGCAGACGUGAACAAUAUCAACAUGCAUGUGUCAAAUGGGGGUAGACCUACCCUUACAACAGAGGAGGCAUCCCUGUACCCUUCCCAUAUGCUUGACCUGAUGACCAUCUGCUGGGAUCAUAACCCACAGAACAGACCUUCCGCAACACAGGUGAGACAGGUUGCCAUGACACCACAGUUCUGUCACCUAAGUGAUGCAGUUUCCAUGGAAACAAUGACUACAGUCCUGUCAGCAUGCUCCGUUUUUGUGGAUAAUUCCUCUGUUCAAAGCUUAGAUGCAGCAGCGGAGAGCAGCCAGAUAUGGUUGCUGUCUCAACCAGAACACGGCUCUGAAAAUCACACUAUUGACAUCCUAAACUUCAACACAGCCAACAAAUGCUCCAGUAAACAGGAACUGAAGCAUAAUGCCAGUUUCCUGUCUGUGUGUACAGUCGGGAAAACUGUCUGGUGUCUAGAUUCACAUGGAACAAUACUUAUAUACAGUCCCUACACAUUUGACAAACUGGACACAUAUCAACUAGUUGUGUGUGACAUUGACAAUGUGUGUUCCAUGACCUUUCACCCUUACCCUGAAGGUCAUGAUCCUGGAGCUGGAGGUCAUGUGAUGAUUCUGGUAAAGGAGUGUCGCCAGUCUACGCAAGCCGUCACGUCAUUGCUAAGCAUAGAGGUGACCGGUCUAGGAAUGGUUAACAUGUCACAUGACUAUCAGCCCAUUAGGAUACACCGAAAAUGUCAUUGCGCAAUACUUGUUCAGAAUAGCAACAGUCAAAAUAUCUGGAUAGGCACUGACCAUGGUGAGAUUCUGAUUCAGCACCUUGACCACAUGGACGAGAUUGACCAGGCUUUAGUGGUCAGUCCAAAUGUUGACCGAGGGCCGAAACAUCUAGAUUGUAUCCUGGUGACCAUGAGUGAUCAUGCGUCUGUGUUUGAACCUAAUGUCUACACAUACAAUUACCCAGGUAACAAGAUUUACCUGUGGAACGGGACAACCAAUGAGAAGAUAGGAGAGCUCGACUGUUCCUCCGUUAUUCCAAAACUGGAGCGUGGCCAUCUCAGCAAGUUCCCUGUAAACUUUGCCCAGGUGACAGAUAUGCUUGUCCAUGGGAGGUCUUUGUAUGUUGGCACCACAUGGGGCUGUGUAAUUGUUGCCGAUGCCCAAACCUUACAACCUCGCAGUGUGUUCCGGUGCCAUAGCAGGGACUUUCUCAAAACUAUUCUUCCACUAGGCACUGCCAAUCCUUUUAAGAGGGUUGAAAAUAUUCCGCCAGAGGGAAAGGAUAGUGAUGGCGGGAUAGUCACCAUUGGUCGCGGAUACAUAGACGUCAUCAAUCACGUGAUGCAGCUAGAAAACCAGGUUGUUAAGCAUGAUACCGCUGAUGAGUUUGGGAUUUUCAACUCGGGAUCACAACGUGUGGAGGAGGGGAAGGGACAAUUAUGGAAUGACUGCAAUACGUUUGUCCUGGCAUGGGAUGCAAAACACUGGAACUAUUAUUGAAUGGAGCUUAAUGGCACUGGAAUUUGAUGAAAUUGAAAUAUAGCAUAACAUUAUAGUAAUUACACAUAUUAUAAAAGGAAGACUUUAUUUACUGCUACAUGUUGUACUAGUUAGGAACAUUGGAUUCUAUAAUCCUAGUACCUUGAAUUAUUCUGCUGUUACUGUGCAGACAUCAGUAUUCAUAAAAUUGAACGGUUGUUUUUGUUUUGUUAAUGCAUAAUUUGCAGACAUUAUAAUAUAAAUGUUUGAAUGUAUGAGCUGUUGUUUUGUAAGCUAUUGUUGUAGGUAUUUGGUUAUGUAAUGUUUGUGUUGUCUUUAACUAUGCAAACUAACAGGCUGAUCUUUCAAACUGUUGUUCUUUUUGUGGCAAUUUGUUAGUUGUGUUUGUUAUGGAAAAUAUUUACUUGCAUACUGAACAAGUGUUUAGAGUGCUGUAAUAAUCCAUUAUCAACCUCCCUUCCCCUUCAUGAAAGAUAAAUCACACACAACAUGGUGCAAAUUAUUGAAAAUGUAUGGCAUUAAAACAUGGAAUCAUUUUAACACCUUACUGUGUGAUUAAAUUUUCUUAGUUAGUUUUGAAGGAUUACGAAAAUUUGUGAUAUACCAAGUUGUGAAAUAUGUUUACCGUUGAAAAAUCAAUUUCGUUUAGUUUACAAACAGGUUAUAGUGGUCCUAACAAAUAGAUAAGUUAUAGCUUUUUAAUAAAUAGGGAAAUGUUUAUUUUCAUCUCAUAACUAAAGGGAAAAAAUAUAGUAAGCCUUCUGAUACAGCCACCUUUUUAACAUGACAAAAAUUACAUUAAUUAUAAGCUUAAUAGUUAAACUGUUGUAAUUGCCUGUGCUAGUUGUUACAAUAUUUAUUGAAAGUUGUAAUUUUGUUGCCAAAAUGUUUAAGUGAUGUUUUAUAAUUGCCUGGAUUUUAUAACUGUAAAAAUUGUUUGUGAUUUAUGUUGAUUUAUUUUUCAGAUAUAUAAAAUAUGUGACUUUUAUCUAUGAAUAUAAUUAUAUUGAUCCCAGAUAUUAAAGAAAAAAUAUGUUUUGUUUAUAUAUAUUUUUUUCCCACUAAUUAAUUUUUAAAAAUAGAUGCUAUCUUGAGUUGUAUUUUCAUAAACAUUCAUUUGACUCUUGAAAAGGAAAGUACUUAAUAUAGAAAUGGAUUUUUUUCUGGGAAAGAUGCAAACGCUUAAAAUAAUUUGGUUUUAUUGUUACCUUCAAUCUUUGGGUAAUACUUGAAAUUGGAAUAAUGACAUGAAUAAGUUUCUUGGUUCUAGGAGCUAUGAUUUCUUGACAUUUAUGUUAUUAAUAUGUCUUAUUGUUGAUAUGUAAAACUAUUUUUGAAUUUUAUUGUUCAAGACCUACAAAAAUGAUGCAUAAAGUUUGUGAAAGGACAGCAGAAGAUUUCUUUGCCAUUGAAUAUUUUUUGUGAUAAAAGUUUGUGGCAACUGACUUCACCUUUUAAGUUUGUGAUAUAAUUACAUUAAGUUGGUUUUAAGCUCAAUUCCAAGUCAGUGCAAUAUGUAUGAAUGCUAUCGAUGUAGAUGGUGUUUUUGGUUAUGUGUUACUUUUUUGUUCAUUUAAUUAUGUACAUGUACAUCUAAGUUUCUGUUUUAUGUGAUACAAUAAACCACCAAAUUAC